CCUCUCUCCUUUCCCUUCUGUUUGAUCUAUACCGUUGGACACCGAAAUGGCAACCAAUCACUGACAAAUGUAACCCAGGGCCCGGCCCCUUUUUCAGUUCGGUCGUUAUGCUAAGCCAAAGUUAACAAGCAGCUGACUGUAACUGCAUACUCCCCAUGCGAGAGAGCGUGAUGCUUUCAAUCUACUUCUCAAAGUGAGCCAAUAAAGAUUCAGUGGAUCGAAGAAUAUUUUAUUAUCUAGAGAUAUAAUACUUUCAUCAGCUGGUACAGUCAGCUAAAUCGGUGCACCACUGCCCAUCAUUCUGUCUAAACAUCCUUGAGAGGAACAGAAUGAGAUGUUGAUCAGCUGUCCGUGUUUGUGGAUCCGUUGAGAAAAUAUGUUUACAGAAGGGUGUCAUUACAUCCAUAAAGAGCAACGACAUGAAUCACAAAGGGAGGGAUCAACCCCUUCUCUUUUCUGCUACUACUGGCCAGACAUGAUGACCUGUGGGAUCAGCUGGACUUAAAUCUGCAUGCCCUCAAUGUUACAUUUGGGAGAGGUCGCUCGGUUAUUCAUCUUUACCCCUGUGCAUUGCUCAGACCCAGACACGGAUAAUGUUACACCAUCCUCCAUCCAUCAAAAGACAUGGGUAUUGUGUUUGGAACGACUAUAAUCCGUCCUAGUAACUGCAAUAAUGUUUUCUAUAAAUAACCCAGAAUCCCUGCAGUGUGUGUGUGUGUGUGUCUCUGUACAAGAGGGAGACUUUGUAGGGUCAGGGAUGGAAAACACCAGUUGAUGCGAUUGUAGAAAAUAAGACACACUAUUGGUUGUUUAGUUUGUGCGUGACAUCAGUCUGGGUGAAUGUGAAACAUGGGCGGGCCGCUAUGGAGGUACUUUAGGAGCGGGUCCUUCCCCUGGCGACCUAAGAGAACUGGACCACAGCAAGAAGACCAGCUGCUAAUAGAUGCUACGGAGAAGAAGGGCCACAACCGCAUUUUCAGUAAGAAGACAAGUUAUCAAAUGUCAAGUACCACUGGGACACAAAAGAUCGUCUGCUUUCUACUCUUCCUGCUCAUAGUGAGAUUGCCAAAAGAAGAAAGGUCCGGUGCCUGCCUCAGCUCUUUGAAAAACAGCCAACAUCUGCAUCCUUUGAGUCCUUUGUGUCCAUCAUUCCUCCCCUCGUCCUCUUCUCACGUGUGAGACCAACAUGGACCGCUCGGUACAGGAGCUCUUCCUCAACUUCGUGAUCGUCUUAAUCACCGUGCUGCUGAUGUGGCUGCUGGUGAGAGCUUACCAGAACUAAACCAUGGAGCAACAAGAGCCGAGAUGACAGAGAGAUGUCCGUGGGAGGAGAUCUGCAUGAUUACUGCAGUGACGACAUCUUUUCAUUCUUUUUGUUUGGUCCGGUUCAAAGCAGUAAGCAGUGGUAUGAGGUCUUAAAUCAUAUGAUUGCUGCAGACAGGUUGUCAAUUGCAAUAGUCUUGAAUCAUAAUUUGCAUUCAGAUGUUUUUGAAAGUGGCCUUGAGUCUUUGGACGGACCCAAACGGGAAAUGUGUCACAGAUGAGAAUAACAAUCAACAGGGCUUUCAAAGCUAUUAAACACGGUAAUGUCACAUAAACGGCAGUACAUGCAGCAUCCCAUUUGGCCUUUUUGGGGAAUUGAUACAAUUAGCCAUGCUAUCGAGUCUAAUCUUUGCUUUUUACUAAAGGGAUUAAGGUAUUUAUACAGAUACUAUAUUACUGAAAGAAGAAGACGUCUACACAAAUAAUUAAGCCUUAUGUUCACUUUCAUCCAUUAAACAGUCUUUUGUU